ACGAACUAAUCCGAACCAAUCAUGUCUGGAAGAGGAAAGACAGGUGCCGGCAAAGUCAGAGCGAAGGCCAAGACCAGGUCCUCCAGGGCCGGGCUCCAGUUCCCCGUCGGCCGUGUCCACAGACACUUGAGGAAGGGUAACUACGCCCACCGUGUCGGCGCCGGAGCUCCGGUGUACCUGGCGGCGGUGCUGGAGUACCUGACCGCUGAGAUCCUGGAGCUGGCCGGCAACGCGGCCCGCGACAACAAGAAGACCCGGAUCAUCCCCCGGCACCUGCAGCUGGCCGUCCGCAACGACGAGGAGCUCAACAAGCUGCUGGGCGGAGUGACCAUCGCUCAGGGCGGCGUGCUGCCCAACAUCCAGGCGGUGCUGCUGCCCAAGAAGACCGAGAAGGCCGCCAAGAAGUAGACCCGGACCCGCCUCUCACUUCACCCAACGGCUCUUUUAAGAGCCACCCACUCCUCUGAAAGAGAAAUGCUCUGAAUUUAUGAACUCGAUGCAACUGGCAAACACGUUGUAUAAGAGAUAAGUGCACAAUUACUAUAUUCACAUGCUGGAUAGUGAGUUUUAGUGGUUUAAAAAAUAUAACUUAUGUUAUUGAUUUAUUUGACCCAAACCUCUAGAAUCCUAAAGGAAACCUGAUCUGUCCACUAUUAAACUACUUUAAUACAAAUAUAA